AUGUCGUACAAUCUCGUCCAACUCCCCGGCCACCCGCACCCGACACCGCCAGUAGCACUUGACGCGGCCACCGCCGCCGCAAAUUUUUCCACCGCCGCACGCCAAUAUUUGCUCCCUGACAUCGACGGCAGCGACCACCGUGGCGACCCCGCCGAACGCGCGAACUUCGCAUGCUUCGCCGACAUCGUUCUCUACUUCGCCAAGCGCGCCGGACUGUACUGGGAGAUGGCCUUCAACGACGGGGAGACUUGGACGGACGGCGGCGAGACGGCGCUGGAGACCUCGCAGUUCUUCAAAGACUACGUGUCGGGGCGGUCGGCUGGAAGAAUCGAGCGAUUCUUCCGUGCUUGGGGCCUCGAUGCGCGCGAUGUGCAGCGCGCACUCGCGGCCUGCAUGCACGCCAGCCGGGACAGCCGGCUGUACCAGGAUAUCUUCUACUCUGGCGUGGUACGCGCGCUUAGGAGUCGGCAGCCCGAAUAUAAACACAUCCAGAACCACCCUUAUCUGUACACGCGCUUCACCUUCUUCAGCGCGCUGCUGAGAGAUAGUUCCGCGGACCUGCGAUCUGCCGCUCUUCAGCGUAUCCGCGACCCCGUCACGCUUGGCGGUGCUUUUGGCGCGCACGCGCCCUACAGGAGCACGACCAUCGAUGCCAAAACCAGGGCGAGCUUUCUCGUGCGGGACGUCACCGCCAUUAUCCGCUAUGCCCUCGAGGAUCUACCACAGCCUUUGGUCGCGGGGUUCCGCGAGCCUUCUGAGCGCAGGGCAGAGCAGGCGAUCGCGACGUACCUCGGCAUGUCGAGGCUGUAGUCGUGUAGCUUUUGAGUAUCGUAUCGAGCAGGUAGAUUUGUG